GCUGUUUCCACAUUCUGCUGCUUAAAAAUCCCAGACACCUGCUGCUUUUGACCAGUUCUCCUGCAGAGCGCCUCCAUUACUUCGCCCUGAGCUUCAUCUCCCACAUGGAGCAGCGAUGCUGACGGGCCAUGAGCUGCAGGACAGCACGCAGCGUUCACUCCCAGACCUCAGCGAUGUUCAGGCAGCAAACCCGAUGGAGCGGCUCGCUCUGAGUUGCAUGAUGUGCAAGAUGGACUCCAGCACAGAUUCAGACUCGGAGAUCAGCCCGAGGUGGUCGGACACCAGCACUCUGGGAUGUGUGAGCAGCGCAGCAGAAGGCAGAACCUCCGGCCGGGCCGUGCCGCUGGCGCACAGGUCUGCAGGACGACACGGCUGCUGCUCGGUGUUUUUGGACCCGUACGACGGCAGCUCAGAGGAUUCGGAUGAGUCGCGCGGCGGUACCAGCCGGCAGACGAGGCAUCUCGUUAAAGGAGGAGGAGGAGGAUGGAGGCGACUGCUCCUUCAUCACGCUGCCUCUUUAACGGUCAGUGAAACGGGGACGAACGGCACCAGGGACUCUUUGAGACGUCGGUCUAAGGUUCAAGCAGACGCCGGCGAGGCCCGGAUGAAGUGCGCAGGAUGCAGGAGGACUCCAGAGGAAACCAAGGACGUCCACGCCAUGGAUGUGGAGGCGCCGCCGGACGCAGCCAGAUGCUGCACGCCCGGACAUGACGCCUCGGAGGAAAGGACCCCAACUCAGACGCUGAGCAGCGGCUGCCAGAGAUCCCUCAGGCCUCCCUGCAAGAGGAAGGAGCCGCCUCCUCCUCCUCCUGGACCGGAGGCCGAGCCGAGGAAGAGGCAGUGUGUAGAAAACAUGGAGGAUGAAGAGCAGGACUCGUAGCGCACGCAGGCGUCCAGAAACUCAGACUGUUUAGAUGUGGAUGAUGGAAUUUGUUUAAACCUGCUUUGAUUUGCCAGGAACAUUAUUAUUAUUAUUAUUAUUAUGGGUUAAAGAUUUCUUGUUCAGAUUAAGUUCCUCCUGAUUUUAACAUGAACUCAGUUGUUAAACGUUGUUGGGAUUUUAGCCCCGAAUCUGAUUGGAUGACGAGCCGCGGAAGCUUCCCUUCAUUCACUGAUCCAGAUGUGAAGCUUUGGUAACUUCAUGUUGACUUAAUGUAAAACAAAAAUGUUUGCAUUUCAUGGAGCCUUUGUUUAAAUAAAAUAAAAAAAGGUGCAACUGAGACAAAGUUGUGUUGGACCGCUACAGAUGGGGUCCGGUUGGUUUAUCUGAGUGGGUUUGGAGUUGGUUCUGGAUCUUCAGUUAUAUUCAGGUGUACGUGAUGCAAUGGCCUCUUUAUAAGCUUCCUGGGGUCUUUGGUAGGAGAACCAGCCCUGGAAGUCCUCCACCGGGCUUUACUGUGGGGCUUGACAUCUGGAGACCAGUGUUAAAAUCUGACUUCAUUCUUGAAAAUAGUUUAAUUAUUCGGACAAAAUGUACAAUUUUAUAUGCAGUUUUUUUUACUUGAAAUAAAGG